AUGGGAUGGCCCGUCGCUUCAACUUACCCCACGAUGUCUGCGCCUGCCUCCGCGAAAACGUCCGAGCGACUGCCACCUACCCUCUCCGACGUCUAUCGCACGUACAAGCGCGGAACUUCAAUCGUCAUCGAUUGGCUCGUCUCUUUUGACCUGCUAGCUACACCCAACGUACAAUGCAGCCCGGAGGAAGAAGAACAGACACCCGCCGCAGAAUUGACAGUGCGCCAGAUCGCCGAACGCGCGCGCAAGGCCGCAAGCAUGGGUAAGAAACCACCCGUCGAUAUUCAAAUGGCUUUCAAGACCGUCAUAUUAAACCGCAGCAAGUUGACCAGGUACUACGAGGCAUUGCCAUCCUCCACGCAAGAGGUUCAAGACUCGACGCAGCGUCAUAAAGUCUUCAACGAGACCUUGGCUGAAGCCUACGCGUUGCUGAUGCCAAAGUCGAGGCAGAAGAGGAAGAGUCCAAAGAGCGCAUCGAACGCAUCGCCGGACGUAUCCACUCCAGCUACUACGAAUAGCUUUGAGGCGCUGAUUGGGCUAAUAGAAGUAGAGGAAGAAUUAGACGUUUCCGCAACCGAAUACUGGCAAGACAGCCUUCCGACGCCCAGCCCUGACCGAUCCGCCAUCGUAGAAGACCCUAUCGAGGACGCCAUUGCCACGGCAACCUACAUUGCAGAACUUCAGGCCGUCGUGGAGAUUACGAAGACGAUUUGGAAGUCUUUUGCGGCUGGUGACAUAAACCUCACGACUGCCGGCUGGCUGACGAACCUUGCUCAGCAUUUCGUGAGACGAUUCAACUACAAAGAAGGAAAGCCAGUUACGUGCCAACGGGGCGUAUUCCGGGAAGUUGGGGACUAUGGUGGUCUUCGAUCGGAUAUCAGUGCAGACGAAUUAGCAUCGGCAGAUCUGGGCGGAUAUCCGUCGACUUCAUCAUUUGUCGAGUUCACUCAUGGCGCUGGUCUUCUUUGGGCAGGUGCAGUUCUGGAUGCUUUCGUCAAGACAGGAGAUACCCCCCCCAGGUUUCGAGAACGAGCGUCGCCGAUUCGAAUCUUUCUUUCCGAACUCAUCCGAGGAGCAGAAGACCAGAAAAGAUUUUGCUCAGGCGAUCACCGAGUUCGCUUCGAUGGAAGGAUGUCAACUCCUCGAAUCAGACCGCUCAGAAGCAGGCAUGAGAAUUUGCGCCGACCGUUAUGCCCAGGAUCGUUUGUUGCUUGCAUCGAUGGUCAAGAGUGUUACCCAACACCCGGCCUAUGA